AGCUCAAUUGGACAGCCAGUGGAACCGGUACUGAAAACUGAUAUUCCCGUAUCAUUUGCUCCCAAUGACGACAAUUUGUAUGACAAUUACAUGCCUUUCGGACAGUCGUAUCCGAGUCGUGAUUAUACGGUCGAUAUAAUAGUAUGUUUCGCCAUCCCUUUCCUAAUCGCAGCGAUGAUUGUCUCGUCUCUGACGUGUAUUUUCUUCUAUAAUAAUCAAGACCUGAGUAAAGGGUGUAAUGAGACACCCGUCCAAUUAGAGCAGUAUAAUAGCAUAAGUCGGGCCACACUUAGACUCAGAUCUUUAGCACAGAAUCGUUAUUAUUCUGUGGCAGACGUAUACAGUCUAUCAUCACUUCCGCCAAAACUACCCCUACAUAUCACAGGAACGUCUACUUUGCCUAAAGCCAAAACUAUUAGGCCAGUGAUGAGGGCUCACAGUUUCCAUCAAAUGUCAUCCUGUAUUGAUACCACCUUAUAAUCAUCAGUCAUAUAUUCAUCAAUAUAGUAUUACUGUUAUAUUAACACAUUUUAAUUGUUUGCUUAUUUUAUGCAAGUACUUUUAUUUUAAACAGAGAC